AUGCUUGCAGUAUGGAUCACUGCUCUUUUUCUUCUUGAUGCAGCCAAAGGAAGGGAAGUGUGCUAUGACAGGCUCGGGUGCUUUACUGACAAUCCCCCUUGGUCUGGGAUCCCAGGCAGAGAGCUGACAGGUGUGCCCAGCUCUCCAACAGCUGUGAACACUGUUUUCCACCUUUACACUAGGGACAACAUCAGGAACUACCAAAAAAUUUCUGCUUCAAAUCCCUCAACUAUCAAAACUUCAAACUUUCGAGCAUACAGGAAAACUCGCUUCAUUAUACACGGUCACCUUGCUGGAACAGACCUGCCCUGGAUAGCAAGCAUGUGCAAAUUCAUGCUUCAUGUUGAAGAUGUGAACUGCAUUCUGACUGACUGGAGAGGUGGUUCCAGUGGUUUGUACACUGACGCAGUCAACAAUGUUCGCAUUGUGGGGGCUGAACUGGUCUAUCUUGUGAACUUGCUUGAGAAAGAAUACGGAUACUCUCCUGCCAAUGUUCAUUUCAUUGGACAUAGUCUUGGAGCACAUGCUGCAGGGGAAGCAGGGAGACGAAAACCUGGCAUUGGAAGAAUAACAGGUUUGGAUCCAGCUGGACCUCUUUUCCAGUACACUCCCCCAAUGGUUAGGCUGGACCCUUCAGAUGCAAAAUUUGUUGAUGUAAUUCACACUCAUGCUGGUCAUCUCUUCUUUGACUUUGCUCCCGGGAUUCUUCAGACUUGUGGCCACCUGGAUUUUUACCCAAAUGGUGGGAAGAAAAUGCCAGGAUGCAGAGAGCUUCGUGUACCUGCAGCUGUUCGGACCAUCAAUGACCUUAUGAGAACAUAUAGAUCUCUUGGAUGUGGACAUAAAAGAAGUCUCCGGUAUUAUGCUGAAAGUAUUAUCACUCCAAAUGGAUUUGUUGGCUACCAGUGUGAAACAUACCGAGCUUUUAUAUCAGGAGCCUGCUUCCCAUGCCCGAAGGGAGGAUGCCCACUGAUGGGUCAUUAUGCUGAUGUGUUUUCUCACAAAACUGAGAAGGACCAGCAAAGGGUUUAUUUAAACACAGGACCCCACUCUCCAUUUGCUCGCUGGCGAAAAGAGAUACGUGUCAGACUAUCUGCAACAGAAAUCAUGAAGGGAAAUAUAGAUGUAGCCUUGACUGGAACUAAUGGGAUCAGGAGAAAAUACACAAUUGACAAGGGAACUUUCAAGCCAGGCAAUACAUACUUGAACUAUAUUGAUACAGACAUUUCUGGGAACAUUUCAAAAGUUGAGUUUCGCUGGAAUAAGCAUCUAGGUCACGUACACCAAGGCUGCAUGGGAGCUAAAGAAGUCAUAAUAAUAUCUGGGGGAGAUGGAAAUGUGUCUGCAUUCUGUGGCCAUGGAUUUGUGCAGCCAAGCACAUGGCAGACCCUGAUGCUUUGCUAGGGCUGGGGAGGAACACCACGGCUCUGGCUAUGGAAAACCACAUUACUUCAGCUCAACUAUUGGUGGAGCUCCUCCAGCACAGAUGGAAAAUUUACACUGCUGAACUUGUGUACCAAGUUACACAGUACACCCUGAGAAACCCAAGUGUCACAGAUUGCCACCUGUCAAGGACAGCUGAAUGCACAGCAAAACAUUUGAUGGCUGCCAUUUUCAGUUACCAGCUCUUCUGAG